ACCUGUUCGCUUAAAUAUAAGAUAGACAUAAAAUGGAAGCAGUGUUUCUGAUGUAGCCCUGGAACAAGGCCCUGGUUUGUUGCCUUAAAGGACAUUCAUAAUAGAAUAGGGAAUAAUUAAUAAAGAUGAACAAUUGGAUGAAUAGUUUUAUUAAUUACACGAGAGCACAUGCUUAAGUUAUCCCAUUGAAGGCAAAUACCUCGAGGAAUUGGAAUCGACAAGUUACCAAGCAGAGGAUUGCCCAGGGCCACCAACACAGGAAUCUAGAGACACUGAUUACGACACCACAGAUAAACUAUUGUUUAAAAAUUGUUUGAAUGACAAUAUUACUAACUCGAUCAACCAGGAUUAUAAUCACAAUUUCAACAGUACUGAUUUGAAUUGUAACUUUCGACCAUUGGAUACAGACCUUGACUCUGAUAUGGCAUUUCGAAAUAUUCCACCCAAUGGGUCAAGGUCAUCUAGUGCACCUAGUGAACUUAGGACAACAUCAGAUAUCAGGAGCCUUGAUUUUACAGGAGCUCCAUUUCAGGCGUCAGAGUCUUCCCAAUAUACCACUGACGAAUUUACGAGUGGUAGCACAAACAUAAGUGGUGUAUUUACAAGCACAGGAAGUGGUGAGGUGUUUUAUGAUGACUCAUCUGAAUUUUCAGAAUCAGUGCACUCUCGGCACUACACUGCAUCUGAAUCCUCUAUGGAUGAUUCUUCUAAUCAUAAUCAAGAUAAACUAUCAGAUGUAAUUUCACAGAUUCUGUCACAGGGAGAUUCAGUGACAGACUCAAACGCUACUAGGAUCACAAGUAGUUCUAGUACAACAACAGCCACAAAACACUGUAUGGAAUAUGUGGAGACUACGUAUAGUACCACCAGCCAUGAACAAACAACCGUCAGUGGUUUACCUUCUGAAUUCACACACUAUGUUGAAGAAUCUGAGGAUUUGUCCCCCGAAUCUUUAACCAGUCAUGAAUUAAUUCAGACUUCCAUUGACCCGAAUGCUUUGCCAACUUCUCCUGUUCACCCCUCUAGAGAAGCCUUCCUGUCAUAUGCUGUUGAAGGUGUGAUGGACACUAUCGACGAAGAAUCCCGCUCCCAGUAUACCACAACAACAACCCACACUACAUCCAGUACUAGGACUAUUGAUACAAGCAGCACGCUUCAGAGCUCUGACACUAGGACUAUCCAAGUUGAAGGGGAUCAUACAGUUGAACUUUAUCUGGAUAUAGACAAUGCUGAAACAAUACCUAUUGGUGGUACUACUUCCCUAAACCAAGACUCUCUGAGUAGCUCUGAUGAACUAAUGGAUGGCAAUGUAAAAUAUCAUGUAGAAGUGGAAAUCAACCGCUCCCCAGUGAAGCGUAAUAUAUCAGAUGUGGAGAGUGACUAUAGUUCAGAUCAAAUAGACAGUGUCAGUGUUACUGAUCUUGACUCACAACAAAGCUUCACUUCAGCAAUCUAUAAAAAUUUAGAAGGCGUACGUGAGCCACAUGAAAUUGUAUUCACUGUACCCAAACCAGGAUUGACUAAAACUGAUCUAGAGAUUGAAAGAAAACGUAGGAAAGAAGAGGUUUUGAUAAUUCAUGAAACGCAUAAUACUUUUACUGAGGAAGAAAAACUCGAAAGUCACAAAAAGUCAGAGCUGAUUUUUGAAGUUCCCAAGGUUUGUAAGUUACCUAAAAAGUUUACAACAGCUAAGUCUGUCAGUAUCCCAGAGAGAAGGAAAUACCAUGUUAUAAAUGAGUUUGUCACUGAGGUUGUUAGUGAAAUUGUUCCCAUCUCAUCAUCAGUCAUUGGAAAUGAAAUUGCAACCCAAACAUCUCCUAAAGCCUUACAGUCUCAAGGGGUUGGUGUCUUCAUGUAUCCUGCUCAGAAUACAUCUCAAACUCAAACUAGGGUCAAUCAGUCGUCGGUUGGUAUUCAUACUUUAAUUGAAAAUGAAAGAUAUGAUUGUGGUACCUCAAUGCCUACUGUUAAUCUGGGAGUGUCUUCUACUCAGACACCUCAUAUAGUUCAAAAUGAUUCAGAAACCCAGUCUGAGGUAUAUGAACCAGAAAUAGUUUCAAUUGAGCAGGAAUUUAUUCAGCAUGCCCCACCACCUAAAUAUGUAGAUGUGAGUGAGCUGGCUGUCCAGACAGAAAUCAACCAAGAGUCUAAAAGUGUAGGUGUAUGUCCUGAUUCUUAUGCUAGCUUUUCACAAACUGUGAAUGUGUCUCAGUCAUCAUUGGGUGUUCAGUAUGAAAAUGGUUAUACCACUGAUCAGGAAACAUACACUGAUUAUGUUGAUGGCAGCCAGAUCGCUACACAAACUAUACAAAUAGAAAGAAGCACGUCUCAGACUCAAUCUGAUAGUAAAGAUACAAAUGUAACAUAUACUCAGACAUCUGUAAAUCGGUCAAGUUUUGGUGUUCAGAAAGAUACAGAUACUGAAACAAGGUCAACCUCGCCUGUAGCUAGUGAAGUGUCUGAAUCGGUCACUCAAACUUUAAUCAUUGAACAAGCCUCAAAAGGUGUUGAAGUCUAUCCCAAGAUUGCUGAAACAAGUGUUAGUAUGACUCAGACCACUGAAGUAGGCAAAUCUUCAUUUGGUUCCCAGAUAGAACCAGAAAGUUCUGAAAUUAGUACAUCAACAACUGCCAUUGAACAGAAUGUAACCACAACUCAAACUACAUCUGUGUUACACACGUCCUCAGAAUCUCAGUAUGAAGCAUUAGAACAAAGUAUAGGUCAUACCCAAACGUUCACAGCAGAAUAUGAUGAGUCUUAUACUCAAAUGGAACCAAUGAUAUAUGAAGAUAGGUCAGCUUCCCCAAUGCAGGUAGAGUUAGGUACUAUAACAACUCAGACAUUAAGUGUAGAGCAGCAGUCUGUAGGAGUAGGUAUUCAACCUCCUGACACUAUCAUGGCUCAUUCUCAAACUCAUAUCAUUGAAUUAGCUUCAACAGGUGUCCAAGAAACUCCAGAGAGCUUUAGUCAAGAGACCUCGACUGAGUCAGUAGAAUUAAGUAAGAGUUCCACUCAGACCCCAAUAUUAGAACAAAGUACAAGUGAAACACAAUCAGAUGUAACUGAAACUAAUUUUGGCACUACUCAAACUUCAGUUGAUCAAAAAUCAAAAGGUAUUCAAAUGCAAAGUGAAACUGAUCAUAGGUCCACUUCCCCAAUAUUAGUAGAAGGAAAUGAAAUUCAGACUCAGACUUUCAUUGAACAGAAUUCAAUUGGUGUUGAAAUCAUCCCUGACGUUCCAGAAAUGUCUGUUGGAAAUACUCAAACAUUUAUACAACAGUCAUCUUUUGGUGCUCAAAUGUACCCAGAAAGCAUUGAUCGGUCAACCACAACCAUUCAACCUGAACAAGCCCCAUUAGCAACUCAAACACCUUCAGUCGCUCAUUUCAAUUCAGAGACCCAGUAUGAAGCCAUGGAAUUGAAAGUUGGACAAAGUCAAACCCGUAUCGUGGAAUAUGACUCUAGUUUUACCCAGGCUGUUGAGAUGAUGACAGACAGAGGUGUAUCUCCUGUAGAACCUGACUUAUGGGACUGUAUGACACAAACAACUAUCGAGCAAGAAUCAAUAGGAGUUGGAAUAUCUCCCCCAGAAACCAUGGUCAGCCAUUCCCAGACUACCAUUGUCCAACAUGCUUCAUUUGGUGUCCAGGAGACCCCAGUAAGUGCAGAUCAGAUGACGUCAACUGAGACAGUUGAAUGUCUCCUCUCAUCAACCCAGACUCCUGUUGUGGUACAAAACACAUCUGAAACUCAAUAUGAAGGAGUGGAAACAUCUGCUGGUCAUACGCAGACUGUUAUCAAGGAAUUUGAUGAUUCUGUGACCCAAAUGGAUCCAGUUCUAUAUCAAGACAGAUCUGCCUCACCAGUACCAAUUGAGAGUGGAAGCAUUGAAACUCAAACAUUGAUAGAGCAGCAGUCAAUUGGAGUUGGAAAUCAACCACCAGACACUAUUAUUGGGCAGUCUCAGACUCCAAUAGUUGCUCAAGCUUCAUAUGGUGUUCAAGAAUCCCCUGAUCUAAAUGACCAGGAAACAUCAACAGUAUAUGUAGAAUACAGCAAAUCAUCUACCCAGACACCAGUGCUAGAGCAGACAACUACUGAGACACAAUCUGAGAUAACAGAAACAAAACUAGGUACAACACAGACAGUUGUAGAUCAAUCCUCAGUUGCGUCUCAGAUGGUCACUGAGACUGAACAAAGAGCAUCAUCUCCAAUACCUGUUGUCUCCAGUGAUACAGUAACACAAACAUAUGUUGAGUGUCAUUCUGUUGGUGUUGACGCCAGUCCCGAACCAAUAGAUGUUUAUGCUGCUAACACACAAACAUUUAUUGAGCAAACGUCCUUUGGUGCUCAAAUGUAUCCUGAGAGUUAUGAUAUGGGAACAGGUACAAUCCAACCUGACUUUGGCCCUAUGUCUACACAAACACCCUCUGUGGCUCAGUUUAAUUCAGAGACACAAUAUGAAGCAUUGGAAAUGAAAGUCAGCCAUAGUCAAACACUUAUCAAAGAAUACGACGAGACAUCUACCCAAGCUGUUGAAAUGAUGUUUGAUCGUGGUGCUUCACCUCUACCAUUAUAUGUUGAAGAAGGGAGCACACAAACAAGCACUGACCAACAGUCAGUCGGAGUUGGUAAUACAUAUCCAGAUAUGUUGGUAGGCGCGUCACAGACACCAACUGUUCGAAAAGUGUCAUGUGGUAUCCAGGAGGCACCUGGACAGUUUCAUCAAACUACUGAGACUGAAAUAACAGAGGUUGCACUAUCAGCAACACAAACUCCAAUUGUUCAGCUUAGCAAUAGUGAAUCUCAAUCUGAUGUUACAGAAACAUUACCUGGAAUGACUCAAACAUUUCUAGAUCAGUCCAAUUCUAGUGUUCAAGCUGUUGAGUCAGUGACGGAAAGAAGUGUCUCUCCUAUCCCAUUGGAUGUAUAUGAAUGUGACACACAAACUGAAAUUAAAGAAUACUCAUCAGUCGGUGUUGAUCAUGUCCCAGAAUCUGCAGUUGCCUUUUCCCAGACAAGCGUAGACCAGAGGGACUCUUCUGUUCAGAAUACUGCAGAGCUUGUAGACCAAGAAAUGUCUACAAUCAUGCUUGAAUUCUCUAGGGGUUCUACACAGACUGCAACUGUUGAAUUGGCCUCUUCAGAGACCCAGUCUGAAAAUGUUGAACUGCAACAUGGAGUAAGUCAAACAGUUAUUGAACAGGGCACUAUAGGUAUACAAAUGUCCCAGGUUACAGAAAGCAGAGGAAUGUCACCUAUACCACAAGAUGUUGAAGAAAUCCAAACUCAGACAAAUUACGUUAAAGUUGAAUCAACUGGAAUGGUUACUGACCUCACAGAUACUUCAGUCAUAGAAACACAGACAACUGCAGUCGAUGUUACAUCCUCUGGAAUCCAGUAUGAAUCUGAUGUUAAGGAAUGUGGUGUAGCUACUGAUACUGUUGAAUAUGCAAAAAACACUACACAGACGACAAUAGUGGAACUAAGAUCAACUGAAAUGCAGAGCGACAUUGCUGAAAUGUCCAUUGCUCAGAGUCAAACUUUCAUUGAACAAUCUACAACUGGAACUCAGAUGGCAAUAGGAUACAGGGAAAUGGCUGCCUCUCCUAUACCAAUUGAUACAGGGGUUGUCCAAACUCAGACAUUCAUUGAGCAAGACUCUGUAGCAUGUGAGGCAAUUCCUGAACCCGUACCAGUCCAGACAGAAGUCACACAAACUUUUAUUGAGCAAACUUCAUUUGGUGCUCAAAUAUACCCUGAGAGUUAUGAAGCAUAUACCUCAACUGAUCAAGUUGAGCAGGGUAUUUCACAAACACAAACACCAGUUAUAUAUCAAAGUACAUCAAAUACACAAUAUGAAUGGGAGACAUUUGUAUGCGGAACACAGACAUCAGUUGACCAGGGAACUGUUGGUAUACAGUUUGAACCAGUAACUACUGAUCGUGGCUCAUCACCAGUUAAAUUUAUUGGUGAAGAUGUAGUUACUCAGACACCAACCACGGAACAAGCUUCUAAAGGUGUGUAUGUUGUUCCUGAAAUUCCAGAGGCAUUUACAACUGAGACUCAGACCAGUAUUGAUCUGACUACCACUGGAUCGCAAAUGGAGCCAGUCCAUAGAGGAGUUGUACAAACUCAGACUUAUAUUGAACAAUAUUCCAUUGGAUCCCAGAUGAUAAGUGAAACCAAGGAGCAACACACUACAACAGAUGUAAGUCAGGCUGUUACCUCAACUCAAACUUCAAUUCCACAAUCAACAACAGGUACUGGAGAUAGUAUCGCUACAACAUCUGAGGUGGUCAGUCAAACGUAUGUUGACUUGUAUGAUGUUGGCACCCAAAUUAUUUUUAAUUCAAGGGAAAUGGGCACCGAAACUGAUCCUGAACCAGAAAUCAUACAAGAAGUCAUUGUCCCUACUCAAGCCCCUCAAGUUGAAUUCGAAAACUAUCCUAGAUUUGAGGUCCAUGAAGAGAUGACAUAUUUUGAUGAGGCCCAAACUCAGACAGCUGUUAGCCAAUCAUCAAUAGGUGUUGAAGCUAUUGCAGAAAGUUAUGAAUACUUUACUCAGACACCAGUAACAACCCAGCAUACAAGUGACACACAAUGUGAGCCUUUGGAGGCAUAUUCAUUUGGAACACAAACAAUUCAACCACUGAUGAGAACUGUCAGAACAGGUGAAGACCAUGCUGUUACUUCCACUGAACAGACACAAACAAAUGUGGAACAGAGUGAGAUUGAUACCCAAACAGCACAAUCUAGUGGUGAUACUAGGGAAACACAAACACAUAUUAAGCAGAGAACUAUUCAGAUGCAAACUGGGUUUGACCAAAGAAAUGUUGCCAUAUCUACAAAUCUACAGCCAACAAGGGCAAUUAUUCCAACCCAAACAGAGGUACAAGACAUGGUGAAAGAUGAAUCUUAUGAGCAACAAACUACAAAAGUCAGACGUGAUACAACUGACUAUGGAAUAGUUGAAGAUAGAUAUAUAACUGAAUAUGAAAAAAUAACUGAAUAUGAUACUCUUGCUCAAGCACGUGAGAGGCAACUAGAUCUUAUUUUGAAAAACAAAGGAGAAAUAGUAGAUAAAGAGUAUGAAGCAGAAGAUACAACGGCAAUUGUUGAGACAUCUGAGCUUAAUUUGAUCCUCAACAAUGAAGAUAAGCAACAAAGAGAAGUUUAUAGAAAUGAAGAGGAAGACUAUACAACAUUGACUGAAGAGGAAUAUUUACAAGUUAUUCCUGAUGAGCCGUCUGAGCCACAAAUAAUUGCAGUUUAUACCACAAAGUCAGUAACCUCACUUGAGUCACGACAGAUUGAUGUAUUUGAAGAAGGUGUCAUACAAGAACCUAAUGUUACUGUAAUGGGAAAUGUGUCGUUGGAUACCUCACAAAGCAGACCAUCAUCUGUUCACUCUGAAAAGGCUGUUAUCACAGUAGAUUUAUCCAAUCCAUAUAAGGGAGAGUCUGAUACUGUUGGUAUUCAGCGAAAGCAAGACAACCAAAUGGCAACUGUCCUGCAUAUUGACCAUGAUAAUGUUGAAGUGACUGAACAGAUGACUGCACCAAAAUGCUACAUUUUAGAAUUUCCAACUGAUGAAAAACAGCAGAAAGAAAUACGAGCAAAAUCCCCCAUGCCAUUGCGGGAAAUCCGCAGACAACAAACAAGAACCCCAUCUGAUUCAUACAGGGCAUCAGGUUCUGAUUAUGAUGAUGUCAAUGAGAUUUCAUUUGGUACUAAAAAUACACAACGGAAUAGGAGAUCAUAUGCUUCCAACAGAGCAUCUGGGAAUGAUUAUGAUGAUGUACAUGAAAUAACCACCAAUAGAAUUGAUCAUGAUUAUAAGAACAGUGAAUCAUAUACUAAAUCGGUUAAUAGAGUUUCGACAGACUAUACCACUAUUGAUCAUUUCAUCACUGAUAGGCACGACUCUGUGUCUAGCACAUACUCUUCCCUCCAUAAACCAAGAUCUGAUUCAAGGCCUAGUUCAUCAUCUUCCCUACAUGCUACCCAAGUGACAAUAAACCCUGGUAGUUCACUUUCCCCUGUGCCUACAGGUCAAGUGUCUAAAGCUAAAGUUGUUAGUGUAACCACUGAAACAGUUCCUGGUGGACAGACACAAUAUAUAGAUGUUAUAUCUCAAGAUCAGGUUUCAACUGAUAUGCAUUCAUAUUCAGAACAUGUGAGUAAAUCAUCUUACAAUUCAUCAGUAGUUCAACAGACAAAUACUCAAAAUGAUCAAACACAUGUUUAUGCCACUCAAACUGCCCCUAAAACUAUUUCAAUCAACUUUGAAAAAUUCAAUACUCAGGAUGAUUAUGAAUCAUUAGAUAGAACAAAUGUAAGAGAAAACAAAGGUAGAGAAUCGCCCAAUGUAGUUAGAAUAAGUCAGAGUCCAUCUUUUAAUGUUCAGAGGGUAACACACAGGGAAGAUAGUUCAGAAUAUGAAACCCCUUUCCAGGGGAAUGUACCAAUGGUGUCUCCUUCUGUCACUCUCACUGGGCAAAAACAUGGUCGAAUAGAUUCAGGAGAUUAUGAAAUCCCUUCUUACACAACUCAAAGAUCAGAGCAUAUUUCAGGUGUUCAAAGUCAAGAAAUACCAAUACAGAUUAAUCUUCAAACUGAGACUAAAUCCACAGAGCCUAAGUUCACUAUUCAAAAUACUAGUUGGGACACUGUUGUGCCUGUUAGAAGUGCUGAUAUGAAUGUAGCUAGGGUAUCCCCUCAUGUCCAAAUGACACACCAGUUUCAGAACACGGUUACAGAGCCAACUGGCUAUGAGGUCCCCGUAGUUAACAUUAGAAAUGAAUCUCAUGUAAUAAAUCAUUCUACUCAAUCAACACAUACUGAGACACAUAGUUCACCAGGUUAUGAAGUCCCUAUAGUUUUAAAUAUAAAACGUGAAGGUAACCCCACUGAUGAUAAUACUGUUCAUGAGAGCGCCUAUACCACUAUUGUUCAUGGUGAACAUUCCCAACAAGAGAUACCAAUACAAGUGAAUCUCAGAAAUGAAACAAGCUUUCAUGAUCCAACAUUUACAAUUAAAGAAACAAAAUCACAUUUUACAAGUACCACCUCAAAUACUCAUGAAAUACCUGUCCAGACAACAGCUCUGGAACAAGGGGUCCAACCAACUUUUACAAUUCAUAGAAUUGAAACAGACACUUUAUCUAGUAGAGGGUCCCAAGAUAAUCAGGAACCUGCUCUCCCAGUAUCUCAGUUAGGAAGAGAUUCAAUUAGUCAGUCUAGUAUUAGAAAUAAUGAAGCUCAUGUAUCAUCUAGUAGUUCAGGUAGUGCAUUUACUGUACAUAAGGUAAACACCACAACUGAUCAAGAUUCAAGUAUUGAUACACCCCCACCUGUAAUCAAUCUUGCCACAUUUCCAAGAGACGUUGAAAGGUCCAAUGUAACAGUUGAUGUUAUUGAUGGAGGGCAAAGUGCUAGUGUAGGGGGCUUUAAGCCAAGAUCCUCAGUGUCUCUCCAAAAAUUUCAAUCAGUUGAUCCAGACACAGGGGCUCACACAUCAGGUUAUGUUAGAGAGGAACAACAUCAUAGUGAAUACACAAGUGAAAGGCCAAUAGAAAUGGAUUACCAGUUGCGAGGACCUGGGGAUUUUGGCAGACACAUGGCAAGUGGUCAGAUGAUAGGAUCUGAUCAUGUCUCAACUAGUACCUCAUCAUACUCUUCCAUGAGAAAAAAUGUAAUACAAUCUAGUUCUGUUGUAUCUAGAGUUGAAAGACCAUUGUCUAGAAGUUCUGUUAUAAGUUCAGAAGGGUCUUUGGCAGGGGAGAGCACUCUUGUUGAUGGGAAAAAGAUAUGGCGUAUAGACUUAUAAAUAUAGCCUGCCAAUAUAGAGAUAUAUAUGAUAUUAUGUAAUGUAGAUACAAUAUGAUAUAAUAUUGAUACUCAAAUAUUGUAGAAAAUAAUACUCUUAAAAGAUGUAUAUUUUUUAAAAGACAUUUACGUUACCUCACCUUGCUUGUAUUCAAUAGUUUUUGGUCCAAUUUUGAUGCUCAUACCCCAAGCAUAGGGCUGCAGACAAUAUCAAUUGUGAAGGAGGGAAGCAUGUAUGCUGUGGCCCUGUAUUUGGAGGAUGGGUGUAUACUUAGGGUGUAAUUAUUUAGUUUAUGUAACUUAAAAUGUUGAUGCAUGAGUAUAUUGUUACUACAUGGCACAUAUAGGAUGUUAUCAACAAAACUUGCUUGUUAUUGUUAAUGUAUGUAUAUAAAUAUAGAAUCCUUUAACAUUAAAGAUUUAUUAAUAAAAAACACAUAUGUUUUUAUGUUUUUUAGUGAGUGCAAUUGUGGCUUUUUAAACCAUUGUAAAUCCAUGAAGCAAAUCAUGAUGAGGAGUCAAAAGAUACUUUUGAAAAUUAAUGUACAUUUAUUAGAUACAACUACAAAACAUGGCAUGUAAAAUGUUUUUAACAUGUUUGACCUGAAAGAAACUCAUGAUGGUUGCACA